AUGGCAAGAACCGUAGCGGCUCAGGAUCGGAAGAGGAAGGACAAACAAGACGGCGCGCGGGUACGGGAGAUGAAUACCACGGACGUUCUGAGAAAAGAAACGCAGGCAGGCAAAGUGAGGGUGGCCAACCGAGAGGGCGAGGUCCUUCUUGGCGGCAUCGGGUACAAGCGAGUGACCUGCGGCUCUCGGCCAGAAGACGGCCAAGAAGAUCAAGUCGAGAGUCCAUGGCGUCCAGGCAUGACGUCCAGACGGCUUAUAUCACGGGUUCCAAGGGCGAGAUCUGAAGAGCACCAGAAUGUAGCAAACGCAAAUGUAGCCAAAGACAAUCGUUUGACUCGGAUGGGAAUAAGACGAUCAGGAACAGCAAGGAAGUGGGAACAACAGCCCGACGAGAUGGAGGGUGCAGCCUCUGAGGGAGGGGUGGAGGGGUCCGUGGGGCUUGCGUUGGUUGUGAGUCCGCAGUCCGCAGUUUACAGCACAUCGCAGCGCAGACGUUGGAUAGACGGUAGCGGCGGCGGUUCGGCCGACGUCGUUCAUCAGCUGAGCUCCAAGCCUCCAAGAACGAAUAGGGUACACCAUCGAGGAAAAAAGGAGAUUAUUGCAAAGUGA